AUGGGAACAGCUGUCGGUCCCAUUCGUGACCUCAUGCUCAAGCCGAACAACAUCCGGCAUCCCGAUGAGUUUUACUUUCCAACUCUCGCUUACAACAGUCAUCUUCACCUGCCUGGAGCUUGUCUUGACAGUCCAUCACCCAAAUCAGAAUAUGGCUACAACUACCUGGGAAAGUUUGUCAUUUGGAAAGACUACAGAAUGACAUGUGCUACUAAGUAUGUUAGAGAUGUCUGCAUCCUUGGAGCGGAUCACGUGUCGUUGUUGCAGAGUGUGCCGCACAUAUCUGCCAACAAGUUUCACGCUGACUACCAGCCAGAGGCAUACGAUGAGAUGGAGCAGUGGUAUUUUUGA